CAUGCUCCUCCCAGCUCCCACACUUGGCCCCAGCCCCCAUCUAAGGCACUGCCACCAGCCCCCACAACCACCCCGACAUUCCUAUGCCCUCUCCCCGCUCUCACAACCCCCCCCUCCACCUUUGCCCCCUGCCCAUGGACACUUGCCUGAGCUCCCACAAAAUCCCACCUCCAUCUAUCUCCCUCCCAAAACUGACUCCCGCCUUUGACAGCAGGCCUGAGGGCAGGGAGUGGGGCGGGCUGGGGCAACCACCUCCCAGGGGGCCAGUCUCUAGGGGAUGCCUCCAGAGAGCCAGUAAGGGGCUCCCGCAUUGGCGGGCACCAUGGCCUGGAGUGAAUCUCUCAGGGAGCUGAGGCUGGCCCCUUUGUGUGGGGAUGGGGGCCAGCUGUGCUUUGCGCUGUCACCAGGAGCAUUGAGGGCUGGAGCGAGGUUUGCACGGCCCCACCCCUCCGUCCACAUGCCUGCUGAAUCUGAAGCUUCAGCCCUUUCCCGUGAAACGGUGCAAGUGCUUCCUAAGAACCACGUUCUAGGCUCAAGCCCCCGGCCUUUCGCUGCUGGCCUGGGACGGGAACUACAGCCAGCAGCGUCCUGGUGGUUUGAAGCUAAAGUGUGUAUUGAUCUAGUGCUGGUGAAAAAGUGCCAACAGAACGAACCUCUGAGACUAAAGUCCUCUGUCCACAGAGCAGAUGCAGCAUGGGCUGGGGCCAGCUUAAGCUUCCUCCGAUGCCGUCUUCCCAGUGGGUGAGGACCCCACCCAGCAGACAGCAAUCUCUGUGGCCUAGUCAACACUUGGCCUCUGUACUGUCAACAAGUCAGUUAGUGCCAGUCAUGGUGAAUUAUUUUUACAAAGCGGACCCUUGGAAACUGGACUGAGACCCACAAAAUAUCAGAGACGCCAGGACGGCACUAGCUUGUGAGCGAGUAACUCCAGCCCCCAGGGAGACACCCCUCAAGCCGGAGUCUGGUGAGAGAUUUGUAACCCGCCCCAGCUGACCCCUGUGGUGUCACAUCACCCCAGCCCCACGCUCGCAGAGUCCAGAUCUCUCCGAUUUAGCCACCGUAGGUCCCAUCAUGGCGUUUCCUGAACCGAAGCCCAAGAAGCCAGAGCUGCCCAAGAAGCUGGUGCAGAAUCUGGAGUGCAAACAGGGAGCGGUCAGGGCAGUGAGGUUUAAUGUGGAUGGAAACUACUGUCUCACCUGCGGAAGCGACAAGUCCCUGAAGCUGUGGAACCCCCACAAGGGGACCCUCCUAAAGACCUACAGUGGCCAUGGCUACGAAGUGUUGGAUGCGGCUGGCUCCUUCGAUAACAGCCAGCUCUGCUCCUGCGGGGCCGACAAAACGGUCGUCCUGUGGGACGUAGCCAGUGGGCAGGUGAUCCGCAAGUUCAGAGGUCACGCGGGGAAGGUGAACUGCGUGCAGUUCAAUGAGGAGGCCACCGUGAUCCUGUCGGGCUCAAUUGAUUCCAGCAUCCGCUGCUGGGACUGCCGCUCCCGCAGACCCGACCCCAUCCAGAUCCUGGACGAAGCCAAGGACGGGGUGUCCAGCCUGAAAGUGUCGGAUUACGAGAUCCUCUCUGGCUCUGUGGACGGCCGCGUCCGGCGCUACGACCUGCGCGCAGGGCAGCUGUACUCGGAUUACGUUGGAAGCCCCGUCACCAGCGUGUGUUUCAGCAAGGACGGGCAGUGCACGCUGGCUGCCAGCCUGGACUCCACCCUGCGCCUGCUGGACAAGGACACCGGCGAGCUGCUGGGAGAGUACACCGGCCACAAGAACACAGCCUACAAGCUGGAUUGCUGCCUGAGCGAGAAGGACACGCACGUGGCCAGCUGCUCGGAGGACGGGAAGGUGUAUUUCUGGGACCUGGUUGAGGGCUCCCUGAUGCUGAGCCUGCCCGUCGGCAGAGGCGUGGUCCAGUCCCUGUCCUUCCACCCCAGCGAGCCCGCCCUGCUCACGGCCACCGAGGGGCACGUGCAGUUCUGGAGGGAGGAGACCCACACAGCAGAGGAGCAGCCGCCGGCCUGCUGAGCUGGAGCAUCGGGCGUCCCUCCAGCCAAUCACACACACACACUCAGCCUUGGGGCAGCUGCUUUAUUGAGGUCUGUCUCUGAGGGGGGGCAGCCAGGACAGUAUGGGGGGCAGCAGCAGCGAGCCCCAGAGCAUGCGGGGGGAAGGGGGAGGGUGAGCCCGACUUCUCGCCCUACACAGCAGCUCAGGGCCCAGCCAUGCAGGAGUCCUGGGCCUGCCCGGCACCACUGACCCUACAGCCCCCUCUAACCGCCUGGUCCCCCACCAUCACCCCCCGGGGGCAUCUGGACACAACCACAACGGGCUCAGAGGGUGGGGACACUUCAGAAGACUUCAGGGGACCCCCCCCCCCCCACCAGGCCUCUAACCAUCAUCCAUCUGGGGCUUUGUUUUUUUUAAAUCUUCCUCAAAAUCUAUCCCCCAGGGCCCAGCACCAGGCGUCCUUUCCAUCGGUCAAGUACCCCGCAGUCACCCUCCGUUCCAGCGAGGGCACGACCAGCGCCCCGCGAGGAAACUGACACCUGGGCACCAGCCUCAGGCAGGAGCGAAACUCUGUUUUCCCUGUGGGAGCCAGAGCUCAGCGCUGCCGGGCGGUUCCCUCUCCACUGCAAAAAGGGGGUGUUGGUAGCGCAGGUUAGAACCGACGCGCCCCGGCUCUCCCCAGGGGGGCCCAGCUCCCAUCCCCCCAGGCUGCCCUCGCGACAGGGCUCUGGUAGCCUGCGCCAGGGGCGUUCCCCCCUCUAGGGCGCCAGGCACAGGACAUGCAGCAGCGCAGCCGCUGAUGUUAACGGGGGGGCGGGGAGCUGCUCGCCCACGGUGCAAGCCGGCUGGCUGGCUCGUCGCUGCUAACACCGCUGGGGCAGUGCAGUGGGAUGGGAGCGCAGUGGUUCCUUCCCAAAAGCUGAAUAAAAAAAUCAUGUUUAA